UCACAAACAUCACGAUCAAUAAAUAUUAAGUACCCUGUAGUAGCACAAAUGACCAAGGCCAUGGUGAUUGUAUUUUUUUGGAGUACAUGUCAGAAGAAAAAGUCCUAACCAAUAAAUAGGUAUCUAGGGUGUAGGCAACAUGUGACACAGGGUACAUAGCCAGGAACCCUGAAGAAGAGAUUAGAAUCACAAAUCUGGGAAAGGCCUUUGAAAUUCUUAAAAUGGGGUCCAGAAACCACCUGAGGUUAUAAGCAAAAUUGUACUGCUGCCUUUUUUUCUUCAGAAAGGCUCAUGGCUUUUUUCAAAUUCUCAAAGGAGCGUAUGACCUAAAAAAUACAUUCCAGAGAAAAUGGGAGCUCUCUGGCUUGCACAGCAAAUUAAUGGCAGAGACGGGUAGCAGCAUUCCCACACGUGACAUCUGUGUGCUUUCUGCCAUCCUGGUCGCUAGCUGAUCCCCAGCUGCAAUUCACUAAAUUGGCCGUCAGUCUCUAGGGGUCACAAACCCCUAGUCCUUGCCUGCCAUUUGAGGCAAGUGAAUCGGGUUGCAAGCAGGGCGCAUCUUGGAGCAUGGAGACCUCGACAUCAAAUAGGAGAGUCCUACCCAGGCAGGGAGACAACAGGCCCAGAGAGGAUGUCAGCCCCAGGAGUAGGCAGGUAUGCAGUCACAGGUCCCAUGGUCUAUGGGAUAAGACACUAAGAGUCUGGGCUGCUGGGUGACCUUACCCAAGUCAUUUCCCAGGUCUGGGACCCUGUUUCUCAGAUGUGUAAGACACCAUGCUAUCCCCAGAAAUCCUUUUGAAAACCGUCAGGGGCGUGGCUUGCCGCCCUCCCAGGCCCCGCCCCGGCCUCACGUCGUGCGUGACGUCUGUGAGGUCGUCGCCCUCGCCCGGGGCCGGACCCUCGCGCGUCGGGGCGGGGCCUGCGGCCAAGCUCCGGAGUUUCUUGGCCCCGCCCCGCGGGCAGUCGGGCGCGUCACGUGACGGGUCGGCGGCACUGGCGGUUGCUGUCAGCUGAUUCCCAGGGUUGGUGGCAGCGGCAGUCGCAGCGAUGGACUUUCUCCUGGGGAACCCGUUCAGCUCUCCGGUGGGACAACGUAUUGGCCACAUGUCCCUUCCUGCGCCCCCAAAAUACCCUCCAUCUUCUGAAUGGCCCUGCCCACUGCCACCACUCGGGCUGAAGAGCUGGCCAGCACUGCUCAGGCUGCAUCAGACUCGUGCUCCAGGGUCCUUCUACGCCCACCUGAUCCCCUGGCUCUGGGUCACAGUUUCUUCACCUGUUAAAGGACAGGGUCCUCCUGGCCUCUGGUGGCUACUACUAGAAUCAAGUGACAACAAGAGAAAGCUACAGACGGCUCCCUGCAGGGCGAGGACUGGGCCCUCAACAUAGAGAUCUGCGACAUCAUCAACGAGACGGAGGAAGGUCCCAGAGAUGCCAUCCGAGCAGUGAAGAAGAGAAUCGUGGGGAAUAAGAACUUCCACGAGGUGAUGCUGGCCCUCACGGUCUUAGAAACCUGUGUCAAGAACUGUGGACACCGCUUCCACGUGCUGGUGGCCAGCCAGGACUUCGUGGAGAGCGUGCUGGUGAGGACCAUCCUGCCUAAGAACAACCCCCCCACCAUCGUCCACGACAAGGUGCUCAACCUCAUCCAGUCCUGGGCUGACGCGUUCCGCAGCUCGCCCGAUUUGACAGGUGUUGUCGCCGUCUACGAGGACCUGCGAAGGAAGGGCCUGGAGUUCCCCAUGACCGACCUGGACAUGCUGUCGCCCAUCCACACGCCCCAGAGGACUGUGUUCAACUCCGAGACGCCGUCAGGACCGAACUCGGUGGGCACCGACACCAGUCAGCGAGAGAACUCCAGCCAGCAUGCUGCCCCUGUGCCCGCCCCCGCCGUACUCCCCAGCGACACACCCAUAGCGCCAACCCCUGAGCAGAUCGGGAAGCUGCGCAGCGAGCUGGAGAUGGUGAGUGGGAACGUGAGGGUGAUGUCGGAGAUGCUGACGGAGCUGGUGCCCACCCAGGCUGAGCCCGCAGACCUGGAGCUGCUGCAGGAGCUCAACCGCACGUGCCGAGCCAUGCAGCAGCGGGUCCUGGAGCUCAUUCCCCGCAUCGCCAAUGAGCAGCUGACAGAGGAGCUGCUCAUCAUAAACGACAAUCUCAACAACGUGUUCCUACGCCACGAACGGUUUGAACGGUUCCGAACAGGCCAGACCGCCAAGCCCCCGAGUGAGGCCGAGCCGGCAUCAGACCUGAUUGACAUGGGCCCCGACCCGGCAGCCACUGGCAACCUCUCAUCCCAGCUGGCCGGAAUGAACCUGGGCUCCAGCAGUGUGAGGGCUGGCCUGCAGUCUCUGGAGGCCCCUGGCCGACUGGAAGACGAGUUUGACAUGUUUGCGCUGACGCGGGGCAGCUCACUGGCUGACCAACGGAAAGAGGUAAAAUACGAAGCCCCCCAAGCAACAGAUGGCCUGGCUGGAGCCCUGGACGCCCGGCAGCAGAGCACCGGCGCGACGGGAGGCGGCAGCGAGAAGAGCCUCAGUGACUGGAUGGUGAGACAAGGCAUGAUCCCUGUCACCCAGGCCUGCUUCAUGGAGGACAUCGAGCAGUGGCUGUCCACUGAUGUGGGGAACGGCGCAGAAGAGCCCAAGGGCGUCACCAGCGAAGAAUUUGAUAAGUUCCUGGAAGAACGGGCCAAAGCUGCCGAUCGGUUGCCCAACCUCUCCAGCCCCUCGGCCGAGAGGCCCCCGGGCCCCCCUCCUAGCUCAGCCCCUCGGAAGAAGACCCAGGAGAAAGACGACGACAUGCUGUUUGCCUUAUGAGCGCAGGGUCUGGCACCCUGCGGCCCAGGACCCUGCUGCUCCGUCCCCUGGGCCGGGGCUCUCUCCCUCCUUUGGUGUUAAGGCUGCUUUG